UUUUUGUAUAUCAUAUGUAGUGUCUUAUAUAUAAAUAACCCCUGGAGAAUAAAAUAAAUGAGAUAUUCGCAGGAUAUUCUUUAUCAUCAACCAGCGCAACACAAGUUUUUGUAGAUUUACCUAUUGCUGAAGCUAUCGAUAUACAAAAUAGGUAAAAUAAAAUGUCAUAUUGUUACUUCUAUUUUAAUCUAUGAAGCAUGCACUCUAAUAUGAUAGAUAUUAUUUUUUUAUACAAAUAGCAUUUGUUCAAAUGAAAAUAUUAUCAAAGAUAUACAUGAUGAGGGCCAUCUAAAAGGGACAUUAGAGGAGCAAAUGCAACACAAUAGAAGAACUUUGGAAGAAUUAAAUUUGAUUUUGUUUGACUCAUCAAAUCAGGAAAGGAUAUUCACCGUUGAAGCAACAAUUAAUGUGGUUAAUAUUAAAUUUGGCUGGUACUACAUAUCAUGUAGUGAUGAUAACUGCAAGAAGCAACUUGACAAGAAUGGUGAUCACUAUUUUUGCAAAAAGUGUGAUAAGAAAGCUCAGCCUAAAGCAAGGUACAAAAUUAAGCUUGAAAUAAGUGAUUCAACAGCGAACGCAACUUACGUACUUUUCGACAAGGAAGCUCAAAUGCUAAUUAGUGAAUCAGCGGAUUUUAUGAUUGCUUCAGUCAAUCAUGACAAUAAGGAGGUGCCAAAAUCUCUACAGAAAAUAUAUGGAGAAACACUAAUUUUUCAGUUCAGAUUGACUGAGUACAACUUCACAAGUUGCAGACUAGACUAUACCGUCUCAAGAAUAUUUAUUCCAAAUGAAAAAGGAAAUUCAACAAUUGAGAUUAAAAGCAUCAAAGAGAGUACCUUGAGAAAAAAUCCAAAAGGUGCUCUCGAAAAACAAGUGCCUCAUGAAACUGAAAUCAUAAAUAUACCGGAUGAUGUUGAUAAUGAAGAACACAAAGGGAAACAGAGAAGUAAAAGGAUAGGAAGAAGGCAUAAACAUGUUCAACUUGAAGAUGGCGAAGUUUCUGAAAGCCAAAACAAUAGUACAAAAUUGCAAAGAAAGAGAAAGUCUAUUGUACAAAGAAAACAGGAAAAUCCAAACAAAAAGGUAGACAUCACAAAUUAUUCACUUAGCAAAAUGGAAUCAACCUCGAUGGCGCAUGUGAAAGAAGAGCCAGAAGAUAGCGAUGUUAGUAGCAUGGAUAAAAGUAAAUGUGAAGAAAACAGAUCUUCGUUAAGCAAACUUCAAUGUGGCAAGCAAACAAGACGGAGAUAUAUGGCAAUAGAAGAUGACUCAGAUGAAAUCUACACAGAAACACCUGAAAAUGAAGGCUUGGAGAUUGACAGCAAUUACGCCAAACAAUUAGCUGCUCUAGAAAAGAACAUAAGGAUUGGAGAAAGAUUGGCUAAAAAGAUUGAUGGCAAAAAGAGCAAAAAUAUUGAUGCUAAAUGCAAGAAGACUGUUGAUCACCUAAAAAAUAAAGCAAAUCAGGGAAGGCCUAAGAGAACAAAGAGAGUUAACCAAAAGUAUACAGACAUCUUUUAA